CAGAUACGAAUACAUAUAAUUUAGAUGGGUGAACAGAUACAGGUACUGUGUACUCGCUCAUCCCUAAUUUUUAGCUAAGUGCCGAGCGCACGGAAUUGAUCCGCACUUUCGCAUGUGUAUGACGUCAUUCACACGCGACCCAUUGUAAUGGCAAUUACGUGACUUGUUUGUUUAUAUUCUUCUUGGCACCACACGGUAAUUUUCGUUGACUUAAUGUGAAAGAGUGCGGAAUGGGUUUUAUUCACAUCUCGUUUUUAUCUUUUUUAUUUGUUUGUACAAUCGCCGCUUCGCCGCCGAAUUUCGUGCUAAUUUUCGCUGAUGAUUUGGGUUUUGGUGACCUGGGGUGUUACGGACAUCCGAGCAGUCUUACGCCGAACCUUGACCGACUGGCAGCUGGGGGUCUCCGGUUUACUAACUUCUACUGCACCAGUCCUGUAUGUAGCCCGUCCAGGGCGUCACUAUUGACAGGCCGCUAUCAGACCCGCUCAGGUAUCUACCCCGGAGUCCUGUAUCCUGGUUCAAUAGGCGGUCUUCCACUGAAUGAGACCACCAUCGCGGAGUUGCUGAAACCUCUUGGCUACGCCACAGCCGCUGUCGGGAAGUGGCACUUGGGAGUUGGGGCCAACGGAAAGUUUCUUCCGACCAGGCAGGGCUUUGAUGAGUACCUGGGGAUUCCGUACUCCCACGACAUGGGUCCAUGUCACAACCUGACCUGUUUCCCUCCAGAUGUCAAGUGCUUUGGAAUGUGCGACCUUGGCACCGUGAUGGUUCCGCUGAUGCACAACGAGGUCAUCAAGCAACAGCCGGUUAAUUUCCUUGAUCUGGAACAGGCUUACAGUGACUUUUCCACCAGUUUUAUUGCCGCAGCUGCUGCGAGGAAUGAACCUUUCUUCCUCUACUACGCUUCCCAUCACACCCACUACCCCCAGUAUGCUGGCCUGGGGGCUGCUGGGAAGACAUCAAGAGGUCCAUUUGGAGAUGCGCUGCUGGAAUUUGACAACACUGUCGGAAACCUGCUUGCCACACUGGAGUCGACUGGAGUGAUCAACAACACACUGGUCUUCUUCACGUCAGACAACGGGCCUUCGUUAAUGCGCAUGUCACGUGGCGGUAAUGCAGGUGCUCUGAAAUGCGGCAAAGGUACUACGUACGACGGCGGCAUGAGAGAGCCAGCCAUUGCCUUCUGGCCCGGCAUGAUUAAGCCAGGUGUGAGUCAUGAGCUGGCCAGCACUCUGGACAUCCUGCCCACCAUCGCUCAGCUAGCUGGAGCGAAAGUGCCCCCGGUGGAGCUUGAUGGUGUUGACAUGACUGAAAUCCUUCUCAAACAUGGAAAGAGUCAAAGGGACACGAUGAUGUUCUAUCCCACUGAUGCUAGUGAAACAUUUGGCCUCUUUGCCCUUCGAUUGCGGAAGUACAAGGCUCACUUCUACACACAAGGUUCCAUCCACAGCAGCACCACCCCAGACAAAGACUGCUCAGGGUUGGCACUCUUGAAGCCUCAUGACCCCCCGCUCCUCUUCGACGUGGAGGCUGACCCCUCUGAGCAUUACCCUCUCCUUCUAGAUGACCACCCACACCUCCAAGAGCUGUUGGAGAAGAUUAAGAGAGUCAAGGAGAAGUUUGAAAGCUCCAUGCUGUUUGGAGAGAGUCAGAUCUCAAAGGGAACUGAUCCACAACUGGAGCCUUGUUGCAAUCCACUGUGUAGUCCUAAACCCAGCUGCUGUCAGUGCCACUCACCUGCAGUGGAUGGGUACUCUCAUAGUCAAAAUAAUAUGGUUGCAAUUGAUGUGUAGUUGCUGCAAAAAAUUGGAUAAUUUCACAAGAAAUGUUUCAAGAUAAAUGUGCAAUUUUUUGGAGAAAAAUAAAAUUUUGACAUUAGCAAAAAAAGUAGCAAAAAAUUAAUGUAAAGUAAUCCUAUAAUGAGAAGAAGUCAUAAUUGUAUGUGAAUAAAUAAUGAUAUAGCAAGAAUUACAUUUGUAUUUUAGGAAAAUUACGAGAAAGACAAAUAUUUGGUCAGAACUUUAUGGGAAUAAAGUGAUGAAAAUUAAUAAAUUGAUUUCUGGUGACUAAAGUAAUAUGAAUUAAAUCAUAAUUUUACAUGAAUAAUAUUGUGAUGAUAAUGAAGUGUUAAAGUCUGAAUCUUAUAUGAAUAAACAUUUUGUUGUGUUAAACAAAUCUUGUAAUAUGACAAAACUACAUUUUGUAAUUUUACAGAAAGAAAUUCAUGACAAAACAGUAAAAGAUUUUGGACAUCAAGCAUAUAUUUUAUUUGUAAGACCAAAUUCAUUACAAGGCAGAUUUUUUUAAUGCAUUUUCAUUUUUUUCCUUGAGCCCCCCGCCCCCCUUUGAAUUUGAAGUUUUUAAAGGUAAAAGAUAUGUUUGCUCAGUCACAUACUGUACUGUAUUCCUCUAUAAGUAUACAGAAAUGUGUCAAUGACAUUGCAUCAAAAGGGCGACAAACAUAUGGUAUGGAUCAUAAAUGGAGCGAAGCAUUGACAGAAUUAUGUCAUAGCUAAAUAAUUGUGUCCUUAAAAUGCUGUUGCUGAAGCAUCUCCGCCCACCCAAAAAUGCCACCUGUAUGAUAUAAUGAUGGAAAACAUAAGACAGCCAAUGAAAUUAUUGCACAUUACAUACACAUUAAUGUGUUUUUUUGUUUCUUUUUGUUGUUGGGUUGAUCUUUUUUUUUUUCAAUCAAUGACAUACUCAGUAGUUCAAUAACAGACAGAAGAAAAGGGACACAGCACUACUUUGGAGUCUCUAUUGUAUAUAUACAUGAGCUAAAUGACAGUGGAAAUAAACCUUUUUCCUGCCACUACAGUAAUAUACAGUGUCUGAGGAGUGACAAAACAAAGCCUCUUUGUGUAUAAGCUGUUAAAUAUACUGCAGCCCCGUACCGUUUAUGUAUAUAUGACUGAUGCUCAACCCCUUGCCACACUAAAAGCAAUAAAUAAACA